UCCGCCUUUACAAGAAAGCAAAGGACACAGCCAUUGGCCUGAGCUGUGCUUAAAGCUGGUUAAAUAUUUACUUAGCUCUUUCAUAUAGAAAAGGACAAAAUUCACAGCUAGGAGAAGAAGGAUUGGAAAGUGUGGUGAGUUAUAGGAAAAGAGCCAAAAAUUGGGCUCAGGGACUUUGAACUAUUUACUCUGUUGAACUACUGCACUAAAUGGCCCACCUGCAGGGAAAAUUCCAGGGAGUCUCCAUAGGACUUCUCCUCCUAGGGCUCUGGGGCAUGGGGGCAGGUGACAGGCUGCUGGUAGUCCCUCUGGAUGGGAGCCACUGGUUGAGCAUGAGGGACAUCGUGGAGGUGCUUGGUCAGAGGGGCCACGACAUUGUGGUGCUGGUGCCGGAAAGCAAUCUGCUCUUGAGAGAAUCCAGAUACUACACCUCCAAAAUCUAUCCAGUGCCAUACAGCCAGGGGCAUCUGGAGGCCCGCUACCAGUCCUUUGGAAAUAGUCACUUCGCCGAGAGACGGUUCCCGAGUUCCUUUGUGAUGGAGUACAGGAAUACCAUCCCUAUUAUCAGCAUGUGCUUCAUCAACUGCCAAAGCCUCCUGCAGGAUCCCGGCACUCUGCACUUCCUCCAGGAGAGCAAGUUUGAUGCCCUUUUCACAGACCCGGCCUUGCCGUGCGGGGUGAUCCUGGCUGAAUACCUGGGCCUGCCUUCCAUUUACCUCUUCAGGGGCUUCCCAUGUUCCCUGGAGCACAGGUUGAACAGAAGCCCAGAACCUGUGUCGUACAUCCCCAGGUGCUACACUCAGCUCUCAAACCAGAUGACUUUCCCCCAAAGGCUGGUCAACUUCCUUGCUUACCUCUUGGAGCCUUAUCUGUUUCAUCUGUUAUUUUCAAACUAUACGGACCUGGCCUCUGAGAUCCUGGGCAGAGAGGUGGACUUAUUCACCUUAUAUCGGAAGGGCUCCCUGUGGCUGCUGAGGUAUGACUUUGUGUUUGAGUACCCCAGACCCGUCAUGCCCAACAUGGCGUUCAUUGGAGGAGCCAGCUGUAAGAAGCAGGGCGUCCUCUCUCAGGAGGAGUUUGAUCGCAUUGUUCAGGACAGCAGUACUCUAGCUUUAGAAGAUGAUUAUUUCCUAGUGGCAUUUGGGAAAAUGAAGGCCUAUCUGGAAAAACUAUUUGUGUUGUUUCAAGAAUCCUGUGAGGAGCUGUUGCACAACAAGGACCUGAUCAAUGACCUGAAGGCCAGUUCCUUUGAUGUGGUCUUGACUGACCCUGUUUUCCCCUGUGGGGCAGUGUUGUCUCAGUACCUGGCUAUUCCCGCAGUGUUCUUCUUGCGGUUCAUCCCUUGUGACUUUGAUGUUGAGGGGACACAGUGCCUGAACCCUUCCUUAUAUAUCCCUAGGCUGGCCACCAGGAAUUCAGACCGCAUGACUUUCCUGCAGAGAGUCAAGAACAUGUUCUACCCACUGACCCUCAACUACUUACUGGACUUUAGCUCUCCGUCCUCCUCCACUUCCACCCUUUCUUGGCCAUUCUCCACGAUCCUCUUGGUGGUGAUCUUUCUGCCAUUGACGAUCUCGGUGGAGGUCGACAUGGACCGGAAGUUGCCCAUCCCGCCACUCCCGCAAGACAAGGAGAAGGAAGACAGGCCCCCGCCCCCCAUGGAACCGAAAGACGAGUAUCCAGGAUCAAAAGGAGAAAAGCCGCCCCCGAAGGCGGGGAAUUCGCUGAAGGUGGAGAAGAGCCCCCUGUUCCGGCUGCCCCGGGAGCUGCGCCGCCCCCCCAACAUGCUCUCGAACGGGUCUCCGAAGAAGUCAAAGGAGAACGGGUCGCGGCCGCCGAAGAACUCCCUGAAGACCUCGGCCGGGUCUCGGAAGGUGAAGACGAAGGGGAAGGAGUCCUGGAAGGAGCCCCCGCCGCAGCCCCCGUCCUCCACGCCCGCCUCUCCACGAGGCCUGGCGGGGCACGCCCAGCACCUCGUAAUAGUCCACCAUGGUGGAGCGGCCGGCCGCCCUCGGCCACGGCAAUGGCGCUGCCCCAAGCGCGAGCCCAAAUGCGCAGGCCAGUGGACCUCUGUCCCUGGAGAGCCUGGCAGCAAAGGUGGCAGCAGCACCAUGAUGCCAGGGUACCCGAGUCCCUGCCAUCUGCUCCUCAGACAGCUGUUGAUGCUGUUGUGUGUUCUGGGCCCCUCAGGGUGCCAGGGCGAGAAGGUGCUGGUGGUCCCAGCAGACGGCAGCCACUGGCUGAGCAUGAUGGGGAUCUUCCAGCAGCUGCAGCAGCGGGGCCAUGAGGUGGUGGCCGUGGUGCCUGAGGUCAGCUUCCAAUUCCGGGAGGGACCAUCUUACACCCUGAGGAAGUACCCGGUGCUGUUCAGCCAGGAGGACCUGUCAGCUGUGGCGAAGGAUCUGGGGCGGGGUGCAUUCGAUGACAGUCCCCUGCUGUGGAGAAUUAUCAAGACCUACAGGCAGGUCCAGGUGAACUCAGCACUGCUGCUGUCCGCCUGCUCCUCCCUGCUGCACAACAAGGAGCUGAUGGCCUCCCUGGCUGGGGACCACUUUGACGUGCUGCUCACAGACCCCUUCCUGCCUUGUGGCCCCAUCGUGGCCCAGUACCUGGCCCUGCCCAUCGUCUUCUUCCUGAACGCCUUGCCCUGCAGCUUGGAUUUUCACAGUACCGCGUGCCCCAAGCCCAUGUCCUAUGUGCCCAGGACCAUGAGCCAGUACUCGGAUCACAUGACCUUCCUGCAGCGGGUGAAAAACCUGCUCGUGGCAGCCUCUGAGAGCUUCCUGUGCAAUGUGGUGUACUCCCCGUACACUGCCUUGGCCUCAGAAUUCCUCCAGAGGGAAGUCACACUCCACGACCUCCUGAGCUCUGCCUCCAUCUGGCUGCUCAGGAAUGAGUUUACCAGCUAUUACCCCAGGCCCAUCAUGCCCAACAUGGCUUUCGUGGGUGGCAUCAAUUGUGAGGACCAGAAGCCCCUGGUGCAGGAGUUUGAAGCUUACAUCAAUGCCUCUGGAGAACAUGGGAUUGUGGUUUUCUCUUUGGGCUCCAUGGUGUCUGAGAUUCCUGAGAAGAAAGCCAUGGAGAUUGCUGAUGCUUUGGGCAGAAUACCACAGACGGUCCUGUGGAGGUACACUGGCCCUCGACCCUCAAAUCUGGCGAAGAACACGAUCCUCGUCAAGUGGUUACCGCAAAACGAUCUGCUCGGCCACCCAAAGACCCGCGCCUUCAUCACCCACGCUGGCUCCCACGGGAUCUACGAGGGCAUCUGCAAUGGUGUCCCCAUGGUGAUGAUGCCUUUGUUUGGUGACCAGAUGGACAAUGCCCAGCGCAUGGUGUCUAGGGGAGCUGGUGUGUCCUUGAACGUCCUGCACAUGACUUCAGAUGAUAUAGCCAAUGCUCUAAAAACUGUCAUCAAUGAUGAAAGCUACAAGGAGAACAUCAUGCGUCUAUCCAGCCUGCACAAGGACCGGCCUAUCGAGCCACUGGACCUGGCAGUGUUCUGGGUGGAAUUCGUGAUGCGGCACAAAGGAGCUCCACACUUGCGCCCGGCGGCCCACGACCUCACCUGGUACCAGUACCACUCCCUGGACGUGAUAGGCUUCCUCCUGGCCGUGGUGCUGGGGGUUAUCUUCAUCGCCUACAAGUUGUGCACCCUCUGCUACCGCAAGUGCUUCGGGAAGAAAGAGCAGCGAGCUCCCAAGAAAAGCCACAAGUCCAAGAUGCAUUGAGCAAGCAGAGGGUGAAAAGCCAGCCGCCUCCAGUGGGCAGAGCCAGGGACAAACCCACCCUGAGCUUGUCCCUCUUGAACAAACUCUUGUUUGUCGUGCAGUUGCUCCGCCCCUUCUGCCCCGCCCCAGUAUUUCAUUUGAAUAGAAUGGUCACACCUGUAGGCAGAGAUACUUGAACACCUUUUCUGCUACCUGCAGGACCUCCCAUCUCUCCUGACAGGUGGGACCUCACUCUGCAAGACUUCCCUUACCUGGAAAAGAGGUUGGUUUGGGAAGCCAGGCCUGGCAGAUACAAGCUCUGACAUCAUCAUCUGGCUCCUUUAGAUGGUUAUGAUUGAUUCCACAAGUAGUAAGGAUUGAAAGUCAUGCUUCACAGAUGUCAGUGGAUACUUAUUCCCCCCCCCCCCCCCGCCCCGACCAUCUGUGGUGCUGGGGAUCAAACCUGGGGCCUGUGGGGGGGUUGGCGCUUUCCUAUGCAAGUCCUUUGCUCUACCACUGAGCUAGCCCCACAGCCUGUUGUCAGUACAUUUAAGAGCAAGAGAAAUGCUGCCACCCUCUCCCACCCCCCCAGGCGGCACAGCUGGUAGACCACAGAACUUAAUAAGCAUAAAGUUCUGAUUUCAAUACCCAUGCACAGUAUGUGCCAGAGUGAUGCUCUGUCUUGUUAAAAAAAAAAUCAAUUAUAAGCAAAUCUUUUUAAUUAAAGGGAAAUACUUAACCCUUAGAGAUGCAUUUCCCUGCAGUUGAAAUGAUAGAAUGGCAUAAAAUUGUUUGAGAGCAGAGUCUGAUUUCUGAUGGGGGGAGGGUGAUGGGGGGAGAAUGACGUCUGUGAUUGGUGUGUGUUGUGUUUGAGAGGCUGAUCUCUUGCCCCUACCAAAUGGACUUGAAUUUGAUGAAAUCCCAGGGAGUGCAGAAAAUGGAGUUACUCUGAUGAUGCCCAGGACAGAAGAAUAAAUAAAUGAAUUAA